GUUCACUAUAACUAGUGUGCACUGUAUUGGCCACCAAAACGUGAAUUGCAUUUAUGUUUGAAAAUAAAAUUGUCUUCAAUUGAGUCCACAAUCAAUACACCAAUCGUUUCGGACAUCACUUCAGACAACACACCACUGAUCCCGUCAUCCGCAGUACCAAUUGGUUGGCCACUGAAUGGAUACAUCGGUGCCAAUGAGAGGCACUCUCACUGCCGUCAACGGCGCCACCGCUGCUGACGCGGCCGCCAAAGAGACCACAUCCACGAGUGGUAGCGGUUCGGCAGCUAUGGAGCAGUUCCUGAUACUGGCGAAGACGUCCAAAGGGUUGGCCGCCGUCGAACUGAUCCGACAGGUGUUGGAGUCGCCGCACAUCUACGUCUUCGGCGAGUUCUUGGACGCGGCGAACAUCAAGGAGUUGACGGCCACUCCCGACCACAACCUCUACUACGAACUGCUUCUGGUGUUCGCGUUCGGCACGUAUGGCGAGUAUCUGUCGCGUGAGUCGGAGCUGCCGGCGCUCACGGACCCCAUGCGCGCCAAACUCCGCCACUUGACGAUCGUCUCGAUGGCCACGAAACGCAAACACAUUCCCUACGAACAGCUGCUCCGGGAGCUGGACGUGAAGAACCUGCGAGCGCUGGAGGACAUCAUCAUCGACGUGAUUUACGCCAACGUUGUCACCGGCAAAAUGGAUCAGUUGAACAAUCGCCUCGAGAUCGAGCAGACAAUCGGGCGCGACAUCAGGCGCGACGACCUCAAGACCGUCACCAACGUGUUGAGCGAGUGGUGCAGGAACUGCGACAACGUGUUGAGGAAUAUCGAGCAACAGAUAGUGAACGCCAACCGCAUGAAAGAGGAUAAUCACCGCCAGAAGCAGACCAUCGAGACGCAGGUCACCAACAUUAAGAAGACCAUUAAAGCCAAUCAGGACGUCGACGACCCGAUG